AUCUUUUCUCCGGGCGGGAAGUGCCCGCCUCUGUGGCCAGCUUGAGCAAUGGUGGCCAUGUUAAGUUCGGGCAAAGAUUUGGCUUCUUGGCCUGGCUUCCGCGGCCGGCUUCCUGCCGAGGGUAGUCUUGUGAGUUCCGAGGGGCCAUGCGGAUAGCAGAGGAGGUGCAUGAAGUUUAAAGCUCUUCAUGGCUGGCAAGAAAUCAUCAGGCAGGCAGUCACUGCUGCCUCUGGGGCUGUUGGUCACUGUAGCUGCCAUCCACCUUGUUGCCUGUCCGUACACCAAGGUAGAAGAGAGCUUCAACUUGCAGGCUACGCACGACCUUCUGUAUCACCAGCUGGACAUAGACAAGUAUGACCACCAUGAGUUUCCUGGAGUCGUUCCCAGGACAUUCCUGGGGCCGCUGUUGAUCGCAGCGUUCUCCAGCCCUGUGGUUUAUGUGCUCUCACUGUUGGAAGUCUCCAGAUUUUAUUCUCAGCUGAUAGUCAGAGGCGUCCUUGGGCUUGGUGUGAUUUUUGGACUCUGGACAUUACAGAAGGCAGUAAGACAGCAGUUCGGGGCUACGGUGGCUGUCAUGUUCUGCUGGAUAUCAGCCACACAGUUUCAUCUCAUGUUCUACUGUACGAGGACGCUCCCCAACGUGUUGGCCCUGGCUGUGGUUUUACCGGCCCUCACAGCUUGGCUGCAGCACAGAUGGGCCGUCUUUGUCUGGCUCUCCGCCUUUGUCAUCAUUGGCUUCAGGGCUGAGCUGGCUAUGCUGUUGGGCAUCAUGCUGCUGCUGACCUUGUACCAAAGGAGGAUGUCUGAGGCCAGAUUGCUCCAGCACGCCAUCCCAGCAGGGAUUCUUUGCCUAGGGCUGACGGUUGCUGUGGACUCCUAUUUCUGGCGAUACCUUGUGUGGCCAGAAGGAGUGGUGCUUUGGUACAACACUGUCCUGAACAAAAGUUCCAACUGGGGCACCUCCCCACUCCUGUGGUAUUUCUACUCAGCCCUGCCCCGAGGCCUGGGCUGCAGCCUUCUCUUCAUACCCCUGGGUGCAGUGGACAGGAGAACCUAUGCAUUGGCUCUGCCAAGCCUUGGAUUCGUGGCUUUAUACUCGCUCCUCCCACACAAGGAACUGCGGUUCAUCAUCUAUACCUUCCCUGUACUCAACAUCAUGGCUGCCAGAGGCUGCACCUAUGUCCUGAAUAAAAAGUCUUGGCCGUACAAAGUGAGAGCUCUGCUGGUGUUCGGACAUGUCGUGGUAAAUGUGGCGUCUACAGCCACAUCCCUUUAUGUGUCCCAUUUCAACUACCCUGGUGGGGUUGCGAUGCAGCGGCUACAUGAGCUGGUGCCACCUCAGACAGAUGUCCUUGUACACAUCGAUGUGGCUGCUGCCCAGACAGGCGUGUCACGGUUUCUACAGGUCAACGAUGACUGGAGGUAUGACAAGAGGGAAGAUGUGCAGCUGGGAGCAGCGGGCAUGCUGGACUACACCCACAUCAUCAUGGAGGCAGUGCCUGGGCACCUGGCCCUCUACAGGGACACGCACCGAGUCCUAGCCCGGAUUGAGGCCACUACAGGUGUGAGCCUGAAUCUAAUGAAAGUGCCACCCUUUGAUGUCAACCUGCAGACAAAGCUGGUACUUCUAGAGCGGCUGCUUAGGCCGGCCUGAGGACAGGAGAUCUGGAGCAUCAAGUGUGGUCACCUUCUAACUCAGUAAAGACAGUCAGGAAAACAGCAAAGACCGGGGACUUCCAGUAUCCCCCGGCGUUGCCCUGCAACAGGCUGGGCCAGGCCCUACAAUAGCCACACCUGAGACACAGGGCCGAGAAUGUGGAGCCACCACCAAGUGUGAUAAUGGCCUGUUCAAACCUGUCUGCCAUGGUUAGGUGACCCACAGGAGUGUUUAUAUUCAUUCUGGGAGCCAUUCAGAACCAAGAGGACAAUGAGUCAGGCUAGAACGCCCUGCCACCCUGCUCUGCAGUGACCCCACUGUAUGUUUCUUGCCCCUGAACCACACUUGUUGCCCAUGGCCUCAGGAGACCUCGAUAUAAAUCCAGGUCUUUACAGAUUA